AAGCGAAGGUGACUGUCGGCUCUUUAAUCUCCCCUUUAUUUCGCAAAGAAUCUCUUCUCUCUUUCUUUACUUUUCUUUUUUAUUUUCCUUUUAAUAAUUAUUAUUUUUAUUAUUUCCAUCUGCGGUAUAUAUUUCACUCUCUUCUUUAUCACUCUCUUGAUCCCCUCGAUACAUUUCUCACCCUCUCAUUUUUCGGCUUUCCCGAGAAAAUCUCGCAUUUUCUCACCUGGAGAUCCGAAGAUCAUCUAAUGAGGAAUCUUCCUUGAAUGCCUGAAUACUAAAAUACGUAGCGGUUGGUGAAAAUUUUGAGGAGAUCAGAUUAGUCGGAUUUUUGGAAAUGAGCUGGAACCCACAUAUGGAGGUUCAAUACAUUAACAGUAGCUACCCUUAUAAUAGUGCUGGCAGCUUUAUGGAAUAUUUCGAAGGUCUUACUUAUCAACAUGUCAAUUUCAUUUUUGACGGUGCUUCCCAUGUUCAGGAGAGUGUGUAUCCAUCAAUGACUUCAAGCUUUUACAAGUUUGGAUUAUCUGAUUCUGGCAAUAUUUCAUAUUAUGAUCAUGGUCAUAAUUACGAGGUGAAUAACCAUGAACUAUGUGUUGAUGAAUAUAGAAGGGCAUCAGAGAAUUCCUCAUCAAUGAGUAAUGAACAGACUGCAGCAAUGAAUAUGGAAUGGGAAGGAAAUGUAAAUACAAUGUCACGUGAAAACCCAGUAGAUUGUCCACGAAGACAGCAUAAUGGUCUUGAUUACCAGGUCGUUUGGCAAGACAGUGUUGAUCCUGACAACAUGACUUAUGAGGAAUUACUUGAACUAGGGGAGACUGUUGGAACUCAAAGUCGAGGUCUAUCCCAAGAACUUAUUUCUUUGCUCCCAGUUUCAAAAUACAAGUGCAGCUUAUUCUCAAGGAAGAAAUCAAGGAAUGAAAGAUGUGUAAUUUGCCAGAUGGAAUAUAAACGAGGUGAGAGACGGAUUACCUUGCCUUGCAAACAUGUCUACCAUGCUGGGUGUGGCAGCAGAUGGCUUAGCAUCAACAAAGGCAAACCGGUUGUAGGAAGAGAAGGAUGUUUGAUAAAAUUUGCCUUGGUGUAUCUGGAAAGGCGUUGGUAUACUGCAGAAUUUUACAGGUCGAAUCUAUUCCAACCCAUUCCAUCUUACCACUUCAAUCAAAGCCUAGUCUUUGAGGUCAAGUGUGAAGGGAUGUAAGGCGUUGGGAUGUUCUUUUGGGCCUGCAUUGAACGUUAUCAACAGAAAGGACCAAAAAUUCACGAGAGUCGAUAUCAGUAUCUCAAUUUGGUAGUUAUACUUUUCCAUAAGCAAAAGUUUAGACCAUGUCUCAACUCUGAACUCAAUAGCAGGAACCUGCAUCAUGGCUCUCCAAUUAAUGGAUUAUCCUGUUCUCGGCAAAGCUAUAUUCAACCGAUGUUGUUUUUUUUUUUUUUUAUUUAAUCUAAAAAACAGAUAAGUUUUAUGAUUCAAAUUUCAAUUUUCUCUCAAGUUGUUCCAGGGCAGCAAGACCUGCUGAUUAGAUUAGACAAACUAAACAAAAGCCGAGGGUGGCUGUGCCGAUAUAGCGUUUCUAGGUAAAACUAGGCGUUGUUAACUGUCCAAUUCUUACUAUCAAUACCCAACACGUGCUGUUCUCAUCAGGCAUGGACGGUCGGGAUUAGACAAUGAUUUUGCACUUUGCUACCUGUUGUUAGCAGCCAGCCUCAUCCUUCUGUCUCAGUUUGACGAAAUGUCCAUUUUGACUAGCAUACGUUUUUUAUGUUCUUUUUGGUUUUUAAGCUUACUGUCAACGAAGACUAUAACACCCUAAUUGGAAAUUUAAAAUGAUAUAU